UGCUGGAGGAGCAAACCUGGCAACCUGGCAGCGUGUACGGAGACCGCUUGGCAAUCUGGCAAUGCGGAAAUAGAUCUGGCACCCCCGAGUCCGGACUGAGGAGAGAGGCGUGACAGAGCGAGCAGAGAGGAGAGGGGAUUGCUUUGACAAAGAUAAAAUAAUCAACUCUUUCUUUCCUGUGAGCUGUUUUUUCUUUUUUAAUUAAAGUGCUCAGGUGCGCUCAUCUGCACCAGCUGGGAUUUUUCUUUCUCCAGCAUUUGUUUCUUAAUUUGACAAGUCUGAGAGGAGCAAAGAAGAAGUGCGUUUUUAAUCGUUUGGAUUCCGGACUUCUUUACUGAGUUUUCCUUUUUUUGCAUCAAGCAUGGAUGUGCUGGCGAAUUACAGCAUUUUCCAGGAACUCCAACUCGUUCAUGACACUGGUUAUUUCUCUGCGAUGCCUUCCCUGGAGGAGAACUGGCAGCAGACAUGUCUAGAGUUGGAGCGGUAUCUGCAGACGGAGCCCAAGCGACUCUCAGAGCUCUUUGAUGAGGAGCUGGACUGUCUCUUAACGCCAGCCUUUAUGCAGGGUGGUGACAGUGAUGAGGACCUGAUGGACCCCCUCCUUCCCAGCCUCCCUGACCAGCCCAGCCCGCUUCCAUUACUGGUAACCCUCCCCAAGGUCCAGACCAAAAUCCUCCAGGUGCCCAACACCAGCAAGACCCAAGCACAGGCGGGGACUGAAACCCUCACACCAAAGGACCAAGUCCUUGCAGGAGUCAGUGCCGCACAGCUUAGCGCCGCUGUUACAUCCCUAACACCGCCAUCGUCACCAGAGCUCGGCCGCCACCUGAUCAAACCUACACAAACACUGACUGCGACAGCAGAUGGCACGCUAACGCUCAAACUUGUGGCGAAGAAAGUAGGGUUAGGAGCGGCUAAACUGGUGGCAGCACGAGCAUUACCGUCACCGCCAAGCCGAGGAGGAUCCCUCAGUGACGGUGAGCAGGGAGGAGGAGGAAGUCUGGGAGGAGACGUACCAGAGAACAAAAAGAGAGUCCACCGGUGCCAGUUUAAUGGCUGCAGGAAGGUUUACACCAAGAGCUCCCAUCUGAAGGCACAUCAGAGGACUCACACAGGUGAGAAGCCCUAUAAGUGCUCAUGGGAGGGCUGUGAAUGGCGUUUUGCCCGCAGUGACGAGUUGACACGACACUACCGUAAACACACCGGAGCGAAGCCAUUCAAGUGCAACCACUGCGACAGGUGUUUCUCUCGGUCAGACCACCUGGCCCUGCACAUGAAGAGGCACAUCUGAGGGCAAAAAGAAAAGGAGUGGGAGAGGGGAAGAAGCAAGAGGAGAGAGAGGAGGAGGAGACGUAGGAGGAGAGAGGGAUGGGCAGUCAAGCUACCAACCACCCGCCUCGUUCACCCCGUCUAUAAACCAGUCGGCGGCCAUGACGCCUGCAGGGCAGCGCAUCCAUCUGAGAGGGCCAUGAAGAUCAAACGGACUGACGGCCUUCUCAUUGGAGACGGGGAUUGGAGGAAAACGAGGAGUAGCUAGAUUGUUGUUUUUCUUUAAAAUUACACACUCACACACUCGCAAUAGUGAACACACCUGUCUUUGAAUGCAUCAUCCCGGUGAACCCCGGCUGCUCUCACGUGGCUCUGGGGGCUUGGACACUGCCAAACCAAUAUAUACUUAACUCGCUUAAUGAAACAUUACGCCGCCUUUUUUUCUUUCUCUGUAUUCAGUGUGUUUAAACCAUAAUGUCACUUUGGGUGAGGAGAUAGUUCAGUGGGGAAACUUUAAAUAUCCAUAUAGUCAGUUGUUAGUGCUUUACCGGCUUUUGAAAUCAAAUACUCAACUUUUUUCUUUGUUUUUUAAUGUUUCUCAUAUACGGAACAUAAGAAACCAUCAUCCGCCGCAGUCAGCUUCAGUAAUCUAUGUGAAGAAAACAACAAUGCCAGAUCUGCAGGAGAGUGACUGUACAGAUUGAUUCUAGCAUAGCUGACAAUCGAACCCAGGGCCCGGACGCUGGGUGUUUUGGUGCACCCAUGGGACCUCGGUCAGCGAGGUGCUGCUACAGCUCUCAGGCUCUCCUCCAGUGGGUGUUUGCAUCUCUCACCUUCACUGAGACGCCUGCCGCCUCCGCAGGCCAUCUGACAGAAAUGCGCAGCGACACUUUCUUCCCUUUUUUUCUACUUAGAGGACGAUAAUUCUUCUUAUUGUUGUUAUUACAAAGAAUGACACUUUGUUAUUUUCUCUCUUGGAGAAAAUGUCUUAAAACUCACUGAAUUUUGUUUGAGAGAAAAAAAACUGAGAAUCUAAGAUGACUUCAACAGAAUGUGUGGGAUGAGAAGGAGAGCGUUGUUGGUCUUUUAAAUCCCCAUGUGCACCGGCUGUGCUUCUGCAGUCUGCAAGCAACCAGUGGAUGAACAAAACAAAAAAACAGAAUCACACCAACUCUCAGAAAAGGGAUUUGUAUUUUUUUGGACUACAAUGAAAGCAGAGAGCGGAGAGGUCUUCAGUUUUUUGUGCUGCUCUUUCUGCCCUGCGAUUUACUCCAGCUGAAAAACAAAACCCUUGCAUGACCCUCCAUGGUCUCGCUCUCUACCAGAGUCAGGCGGAGGACUCGCUAACAACUGGAAACCUGUUUUCUCUUGUUUUUUGGUUUUUGUUUUGCUUUUUGUUGAUUCCAAAAGUCAUCCUGGAGCGUUCUUACAGACUCUCGGAUCCCAUCUCCCUGGCACCACUGCGGGGAAAGAAUGGAAGCCGGAGAGCUGCUUUUUGGUUAUUCACGUGGGACUUAACGACACCAGCCAACCUUUGUGUGGUGGCGCCGAACAGACACGGUCACAUUGGCCCGGUCAAAAUUUGCCUGUUUCAUAUCCAUUGACUGCACUGACUUUUUUUCAAUGUUAUCUGUGCUUUUUUUUCUACAGCGAAAAAAAGAACACAAAGAAAAAAAAUCAUAAAAAGACUUGAAAACACAAAAACAAUUCUGUCUCGCUCUACACAUUGUAUACAGAACAAGCACACAUACUCCGUCAACACACACAUAUAUACACACACACACACACACACACAAACACACACACACAGACUUACACUGCAGUUUCUUUGCUCACGGCUCCUCUUGAGAUAAGACUAAUAAGAUUUAGGAAAAUAAUUAUUAAACUAAUGAACAGAGUUGGAAAACAAAACACUGCAUGGCAGGCUUUAUUGCAAACACACACACCAGCUCAUAUACACACACAUACACACACACACACUCUUCCUGGAAUUAUAUGUUCUGCUCCCAGAUCUUUUUUCACAGUAGGAAUUUAGCAACUGUUGUUUAGUAGAAGAAUAUCUUAGCUCUCGGCUGGAGGUAACAAACGAUUCCAAAUCCUUUGAAGUGAGAAAUCAGCUUGUUCUCAGUUCCAACAAUCACCCACAUAUCCCUCGCUACAGUUUGUGCCUCUCAUUUAAUCAGCGUUUUUACUUCAGAGACUCUGCUUACAUUGUUGGUUACAAUUGAUGGAAUAAGCCCCUGUUUUCAUCAAAAAUAAAUAUUAGUAAAACAGUUGCACCAGGUCUUUUAUCAUUGUUGAAAACAUGUUGAUAAUCCACAGAGACCCUUCAAGCCUGCCUAUCAUGUACAGUACAUUUGAAUGUCCUCAAGAUGAAUUAGAUAGCAACCAGAAGCAUCAACCCACCAGGUUCCUUAGAAACCUGGUAAAUCAGCUUUUCAAUCAUGCAAAAGCGUUGGAAGAACGACUGAAACAUUGGAGAAAAUCAGUAUUUUAGGUAAACUGUCAUUGGGAUCACAAGCUCCUCAGACUUUUUUUAUGUUUUAUGUCCCCAUAACAGCCAACUGCUUCCAUUGUUGAAGUUUCCAUUUCAUAAGAUAAAACAAAUCAACUUAAAGGUACCCUGUGAUAUUUUAGGCAGCCACAAGUAGUGUUAUUGAGCAAUGUUUUUUACAAUUACAGUUUUUCAUUUGGUUUAUUGUGAACACACACAUUUAUGUGUGAGCACAUGCAAUACACAUUUCUGCCAUCGGUUUCACGGUAUUCCCGCUGAUUAAGAGUUGGCGGCAGUAAUGUACAGAGAAGCUAAGGAAGAAGAAGACCGCUAGCUAUAGCCAACAAGUGAGUAAACAAUGCAGCAUUUAAAAUAUUUCAAGAAAUUGGCUUUGCCGAUGUUACAUGAGGGAGGAAAUGCAUUUAACCCAUUUUUUGGACCUUUUGGUGUGAGUUUACUAAAAGCAACACAUAACUUUGUUACAAGAAAACUCCAGAGGGUACCUUUAAAAUCAGCUUCACCGCAUCUAGCUAAUGAAAGUCAAACUUAAAUCUGUUAAGAAAUACUCACAUCCCAACAUAACUGUCUUUUAGUAGAGACUUGCACAACGUGAACUCUUUCUAGGUUGACAAAAAUGUCUCGGACAAUAAUUUCCAUUAGCAUGAAUAGGAACCCAAGUAAAAGGCUCUUAGCCACUGUACAUUUAAAGUAAUAUUGUAUAUUUUGUUCUUAUGGUCCAGUUACACCAGAUUUUUGCCAAAUUUAACUUUGACUAAGAUGAAAUAGUAAAUAAAUCAAUUUUUAGGCCGGUGCGAUGGUUUGCUAUCAGUUGUUUGCUAACUUGCUAGCUAUUAAUGCAGCUUGCAAACAAAAAAGUAAAAAGCAAUGUCUUUUUGCCACUUCUUGUGACCCAGGGCUUAGAGGUUUAUGGGCAUGUCUUCAAAAACACGACAAGGUUUGUUAAAUCACUUGCGGUGUUUUCAAAGAUAUAUUUAACGUUUGAUGAAAACAUUUACUUUUAUCUCAGACCUGAAUGUAAUCACUAACACUAAACUCUCUAAUGUGAAAAAUGAUACAUGAGAGGUGAAAACUGGGGCGAGCGCAUAUCUACAACGCCUGCUUCCUUUGUUCAAUGAUUGCAGAAAAAAUAAACUCGCCUUGCAAUCAGGGCAUUACUGAUACCGCCAAUACCAACACUGACACCGCUGCUCCAUCCGCCCACCACCCCCUAUAUGCCCCGUAGCACAUGCAAACAGUCUAAUACUCACUGCUGCUGAGUGGUGCGGCUGGGUGAGGGUGCAGGGAUCCUGAAGCUGGCGGGGGAUUUCACAUCCCAGCAUGCCCAGUCAUCAUGCCAGUCGGCCUUGCCAACCUUAAUUAGGUGAAACAGUGAAAACAUUCCCCUUCAAGAGGGUUUAUGGUGCAGCUUCGAACAAUCGAUACCAAAAACCUCCAGCAUGGAACUGCCCUUUAGCCACGGGCAGAGUCUCCCCGGUCAGGAGAGAUCAGCGGGAGACCGCCUCCAUAUGAGGUCUCUGUAUCCAGCGGCAGCUUUCUCUACUAACUCUAUCUUUCUGCUAAAUGCAACGUAAAGCAACCCACGUUUGGGAUGAAUCCAGUGUUUCACUUUUGAUUUCACUUCAUUGUUAGGUUUCUGUUACAAAAGCUGUAUUGAUGGUUGUUUUCUUCAGUUUGGAUGAUGCAAAGUCAUGCCAAAAUGUUGAGACAUGCAAUGAGAUGUAGAAAGAGCCCUCCUAAACAGGACGUACAAUCAUAGAGGGAUGGGGAUCGUAGCACUUUUGUAAGGCUUUUGAUGGCAUGAAUGUGUAUAUAUGUGUGUGUAUGUGUCCCCAUUAGGCAUACUGUGAGGGAAGCAGUGAUUCAGCAAAGUGGUUGAUAACUGAUUUUUAACUGUUGAACACGUGUGCAACCAUGUGGGACAAAUGUUGUUUGGUACAUUUGCUGUUGGAAAAUGCUUUUAAUCCAAGCAAUGGCUGACAGUGUGUUUAUUAGGUUUUUCUAUGUAGACCCUUCAUUCUUACAUUGAUUCAUUCAUUCAUAUAAGUCAUGGAGCUUGAUGACUUGAGUCAAAGACAUGCAGAACUUGCACUUUGUAUUAAAGCGCAUUUAUAUCCAACUCCUCUCUGCCAGAUUAGUUGUAAUGACUGUAAUUUCUGAAGGACAUUGAGGGCCCAAUAUUAUGUGUGUUUCUCUUCCCAAAAAUCUCAGAAUUUAUAAAAAGUAUUUGUUCUGAUUAUUAAAAAUAUCUGGAUAAAUCAGAUCCUUAAAAAAACAUUUGCACCAUAAACACUGUAGUUUAACCAUUUUAUACUUGGUUAAAGGUAGUCAGAUGCAUAAUCAGCAGCUCAUUAGCAUUUUGUCCCCAUUUGUCUUGUCACUUUGUAUUACCUCAUUUUCUGCUAAUCCCACUAGAGGACCUAAUUUACGGAAAACUGGCAGGAUGAGUGUCUUCUUGCAGUAGGAAAAUGAUCAGCUUCUUUAAAAAAUCAUGGUAUUUUUAGAUACAAAUCAAUAAACAAUGAAAAUGAUGAGCCUUAAGUACAGUCUAAAACGAAUGUGUCACAUUCAGCACGUUUCUGUGUUGUUUUUAGGAACGCAUUAAAAACAGUGCGCCCCAAACUACACAGACAUACCAAGAUUUCAAUACCAUUUAAAGUUUUUAAAUGUAAAAUUAAAACUAGUGCUGGCCAGCAUGCAACAAACACAACUCACAGUUCUUCACCUCUUUAAUUAAAACCCUCUUGACAUCCAGAAGACUUCAAACUUCAGAUACAAUUUCACAUUCAGUUCCCUUCAUGUCUCUCAGCCUGCUGAAGCAGGUUUUCUGUCACAGUGUUGCUCCAGGUCUCUUGUUGUCUCUCAGGCUCCUCCAGGCCAGCUAGCUGCUGUGCCACAGCUCUGAUUAGCAUUAGCACUAUCGGGUCCUCUUCUCUAGUUGCAGCUCAGCUAAUGAGAUAGCUCUGAGUCACAGGGAAACCGAGUGGUCUGGAGAAAAAAACAACAGGGACCUUGAGCCAGACCGAUUCCAGCGCUCCGUACCCAGUGGACAGAUUUGAUGUUGAACAAACAGAAGAUCCCGUUAGCAUAGAGAAAUGCCAGGAGACAGUGAGAUAUUUGUCAAAGAGACUAAGCUGUGAUGAAAAAAAGGAUUUAAAAAAUAAUUUACCCACAUGAAUAUCCAAAUCAUUAAAUCAGCCCUUGCAUUUUAUCUCAUGGAUUACAGAUUAAAUAAAUUACCAUUUAUCUGCAAAGUCCCAACCCUCCCUUUUCCUUCACAGCUAAAGUGCCAUUCUUGUUUCCCUCCAUCCCUCCAUCCUCACCCCAUCUCUCCCUCUCUGUCCACAGCAGUUGUCCAUGCACUAUCAGCUGCAGGAACGCUGAAUGCACACUUUACACAUUUUGCCCAAAGAUUUGCAUAUUUGCAAGUUAACUGCUGUGAAUGUAGUAGAUGUAGAGGAAAGAGCGGCGAGGCAGAGACGCAGAAAAGGAUUAGUGGAUGGAAGGUGGAAGGAGAGGGAUUGUUUUUCUUACAUGAUCGUCCCAUUAAAUCUUAAUUACCGGUAUGCUCCGACUCUUCAUGCUUCAUAACAUUCUGAGUCUCUUGUCUACUGUCAGCUGGAGCCGAACUCAUUACUCACAAAUGUAAAAUAAUGUUCUCAUGGUCUUAUAGGGUGCCCAGUAUAGUGGCGCUAGCAGCUUAAGCAGGAGUGAAGAAGCUUUAGUUUAAGUUAGCUUCUUAGCACACUGAAAAUAGCACUGUCAAGUCUCAUAUUUCAAAGUCAAAGGUGGGCUGGAGUCUCUGAAAAUGUUAAAGAGUAGACUGUGGAAACCUAUGUUACAUCACCAACUUCGAAUAAAACCAUUACCAUACAUCAAAUGGUCACAGUUCAUUGAAAAUCCAGAAGAGUUCUGCAGUUUGGGCGUUACUAACGGCACUUUCACACUGGCAGGUUUGUCCAAGUCUGGGAUUGGUUUGCCUAAAAACUCCAAAGUCGGAUGCAGAAAUUGCACCCAAAUCCACCCAAAUAAUGUGCUGUCUGAAAUCACUGCCUGGUGAACUGAAGUACAGUUCGGGGACAGUAGUUUGUACCCCAAAAGGAGAAAUUUGUAUGCAUGCCAACAUCAUUACUGUUGCAGUAUAGUGCAACAGGAACUGUUGGUAAGGGAUUUAUGCAAACGUACCACAGAUUAUGGGCUUGUUGCACCAAAUUUGCAACAUCCGAGCUGCAAUUUGCAAAGGGAGAUCAUUUCCUCUCACGUACAUUUGCAAUUUGUAAUUGACCAUCAUUUAUAAAAUGGAGAACUGCAAUCUGUGUUUUAGCACUGCUGGCAAAUUGCUUUUGUGAAACAGGCCGCUGACCCAGUAAACAAGUGUUACAGCAGACCAGAAGGGUUAGGAGAAGAAAGGCAAACAAACUCAUCUUUGGAUUCAAACCCAGUGUGAAAACUGCCUUUAGACAUCGUCUGACCACAGGAAGUUGUUUGCACACAGUCCUUUGAUGGACCAGGCUUCAGUCUCCACAGUUUUCCACCAUAUCACCCUGAAGAAGGAUUGUCACUUUAGGCAGCUUUUGUAAAUAGCGUGAGAUCUUACGUACAGACCGCUCUGUGUGAAAUUAACUGUACGUGGCGACAGCACCGUCUCAAACAUUUCAGCGUUUCUAUAGAUCUGCUUUAGUUCUUGCAAACAUUGCACUACAUGACCAUACUUAGCUAUUGCACUCUUCAUGUGCACGCACUGCUAGCAUAGUCUGUUGGAGCACUCUGUCAAAUAUCCACUUAACAUUUGUUACACGUCCAGGAUGCACUUUGCCACCAAGAACCAUUUACUACAGGUCCACUCGUGAUAGAUCAGAGUGACAUAUCAACUUAAACCUCCAGUGAAAUGCCUUUUUCAUCACCGUUAUUCCGGGGGAAUAUGUUGUACUUUAAACAUUCAGUCAUGCUGUGACCUGGUUAAACUUUCUUGGUAAUCAGUGGCAUCCCGGAGUGACUCUGUCUGUCUGUAACUACUGUGUUUGUCCAUGCUUGAUGUGUCAGUAUAUAAGAGAUUCACAGAUCUUUACCCCUCUCCUUGUGUCUGUAUAUUUCACCUCACCCACACCAAACCCUCUCCACCAAAACCACAACCGUCAGAGCCCUCUGGGGCCAACUAUAGUCUUCAGAUAUCCAGCUGUACUAGGAAGUAUUCUCAAGAGCUAUGCAGCUUGGGAGCUCCAAGCAGUUCUUUGCUGAGACUGCAAUAACCUUUCCACCUUGCCAGCUAAAUGUCCUCGGUACAGUUUGUUUAAGUUCAGUUGACCCAUCCUUGUGGGUGCUUUUCCAUCUCUGUCAGUUUAUCUGCUCAGUUAAACCCUAAUGCCUGACGCAGAGUGUGGCAAGAUGUUCCCCCUCUCAGUAUGUGCAAAAAGGAUUGGUAUCCAAAAAUGUUGUGUUUGUUUUUGGUACAUAGCUCCAUAAAACAGUACUGCAUCAUAUCAAAGGAAAUCAACAAACUUAGUGAUCUAAUGUGACAUUACAUUUUUUGCCAAUUAACUUAAAAGAAGGUAUCAAAGAUCAGAGAUCAGAUCAGAUGUGUUAUUUCUGUCACAGGAUUCUUUUGUUUAAAUUGUUACUUAAAAUUUAUAUUCAGUCCUCCUUAUUGGUUAUGACAACAUGUUGCUGCUCACCAGCUGUUUUUUAGAGAUCGAGGACACGUUGAAGAAAGCACAGCACAACUUUAAAUGUCUCAUUCAGGUUCAAGUGCCAAACAAACGUUUUAGGUAAUUUUGGUGAAAUUUGAAGCUUUAGAAAUGUGCAUGAUGCUAAUCUUGCUUGCCCAAGUGGAUGUUGUUAUAAAGCUGUAUUAAAUGGAGAACCCAUCCAAAAUCUCUGCUUAGCAUCUGGUGAGUAACAUAUGAUCAUAAUCAACAAGAGGGAUGGCCUAUAUAAGCCAUAUUAAAAGGAAUUACAUUUUGGUGCCAAUCCUCCUACCACAUACUGGGAAAAGUGACCAAUCCAGUGUCACCAUUUAGCAAAAGCUGUAUGUUAGCACCUUUAUAUCAUCCAGUGUGUGUACACGGUGAGCUCAAAGCAUAAUUGUUAAAGGAUCACAACUAAAUAUUUCCUGGGAUGAGUUGAAAUGUAGACAAAAGAGAAGACAGCAGAUGUGUUUUACCUCUCACCUGUCCUACAGGGGCUCUGUUACCGUUCAUAUCAACCUUCAGUCCAUAAACCUUCACUCCACACCCGCCUUCCUCUCCUCUGUCACCGUCACUUCUGAUGAGUUUUUUAUUUUAUUUUUAUUUUGAGUUCUCUUGUUUUACUUACAAUUUUUUGCUGUACAAAGUGUUUAAAAUAUUAUUUGUAUUAUAUGAUGUUAGUAUGGUAAUGUUCUUUAUUAAGGAAGAAGAAAAUUUAUUUUUGUUACUGGUCUGUUUCAUAAUUCUUUUCUAAAUUGGUAUUGUAAGAUAUCUAUGCAAGAACUGUUAAGUGGAGCAUUUUUAUUUAAGAAUGUAAUAUGUGUAAUAAAUGGUAGAAUCUG